AUCAAACAAGCGGCACAGGAGUGCGGCGCGCGCUCGAUGCGCCCGCGCCAUUCCGAGCGGACCCCGGCGCACGCCCGUACACCGCCACGCGCCACCACUCCAUCUCGACAAUCGUAAAUACUGAAACACACGUCCGCAAGUCAACGCCGCGCUGUAAACACGCUCCCGCGCCGUUUCAAGGGCUCUACGUGACCACCUCGAGGUGCUAACAUAAAGGGCCAUUUCUGUCACGUAUACGACCACCUGAUUUGUGUAUUAUUUUUUAUCUAAGCUCUUUUACCUUCAACACACAAAUAUCUUAUCUCGAGUCAGCUUCCGAUUGAAUUGUGUUCGGCAGUAGCGAGCCUAUCGGUCAAUGUUUGAGUGAAACGUUAGAAGAAUGAACUUUAAAAUCUAAGAUGAAGACGCGUGAUCGGCGAGCUAAGCAGGAUUUUCGUGGGAAGCAGGACAAAAAGGGAGUCAAACAGGAUAUUUCCCACGCGAGGAGUGGGAAGAGGCACGCACACUCGUCUAGUUCCGCGGAGUCGGCUGCUGCGGCCCGCGAGCGUACCAAGCGGUCUGGCGUGGAGGCCGUCAAGCUACACCUGAAGGUGACCGGCGACCCUGGGAGGACAUCACGAUCUGCUACAUCGGUUCGUAAGACGAGCAUCCGAAUGACUGCUAUAAAGGAAUAUCCCUUCGACUUGAGCGAUUUACAAAAUCAGCCGAGCGUCGUGAGCGAAUCGCGGCCUGUACCAGCGCCCGCGCCGAACCCGCCUGCGUCCGCGAUCAAACAGCGCGUGUCCGUCCCCUCGCUAGAAGGAAAGAGGAAAGUCUCCAUCAUGGCCGACGAAUCCAGCAAGGAUAGGGAAAAUAUGCCCUCAGAUAGGGACAGGAAUGGAAGCGUAUCAGCAAAAGCAGAAGGGCCUUCGCGCCGCAAAAGCAACCUUCACAAUGCCAUGGCGGCAGAUAUGGACACAUCUUGGGAUCGCCAGGCGCACAUCGAGGGCAGGUUUAAGAAAUAUUCCACGACAUCCUCCGUGUACUCCAAGAAGGCAUUAUCACAACAAAGCGAAUACGUUGAAAGAUCUUGGUGGUUCGCGUGUUGCCAGAAGUGUCAUUCAGAGGACGCCGGCAUUCCCUCGUGGGAACCACCGAACUGGCAGAAGGUCUGCCCCUUCCCACUAUGCCCUUCAUAUCGGCAAUUCGCACAAAACGUCGCAGUAUUAAUCAUUGGUUUAUUGGUAUGGAUGACACUAUGGAUAGUGAUGGGCGACACGGUCGCGCCCGGAGGCCAGCUGUUCUCGUUCGCCGUGCUCACCAUCGUCGCCUACUUCGGUGGCUGGCUCAUGCAAAAGAUCACAACCUUGCCAGCACUCAUUGGAAUGCUAAUAAUGGGCAUAGUCAUGAAGAACGUCGGUCUCGUCAACUUUGACGACACAUUUCAAACUGUUGCGUCUUAUAUAAGAAAAAUAGCUCUAACGAUCAUCUUAACGCGAGCCGGUCUGGACUUGGACCCGAGCGCCAUGAAGAAGUACUUCUUGACCGUCAUCAAGCUGGCCCUCGUACCCUGGACCUUCGAGUGUAUUCUCUGUGCCAUCCUCGCUUACUUUUUCUUGGGAUUACCCUGGAAUUGGGCUUUCCUGCUAUCAUCAAUAAUCGCUGCGGUGUCGCCGGCGGUCAUCGUGCCGUGUCUAUUCCGACUUCGUGCGAAGGGCUAUGGAGUGUCCAAAGGCAUCCCGACCCUAGUUCUCGCGGUGUCCGGAGUGGACGACGCGGCUAGUGUCGCCGUCUUCGGGACCAUAGUAUCCAUCAUGUUCUCUAACGCGUCGCUUACUAUGAAUAUUAUUCAAGGCCCUCUCAGUGUGGUCGGUGGCAUUGUACUAGGAGUUUUGUGCGGGUACCUGGUGAAGUUCGUUCCUGAGCGCAAUGACGCCUUCUUGGUGCCUCUGCGAGUGCUGAUGCUGUUGAUGGGAGGACUCAUGAUGGUCAUGGGCUCUGAGGAGAUCGGCUGGGCUGGUGCUGGACCAUUGGCUGUCAUCGCGUUUGCUUUCGUAGCGUGCAAGAAUUGGACAGAGAUGGGUUGGGAGCUGGAGGACAACCCAGUAGCGACCGCUUUUGAAGUCUUCUGGAUGUUCUUCGAGCCUAUGCUGUUUGCUGUGACUGGUGCUCAAGUCGUUAUUGCAGAGCUGGAGCCUCAUUUGGUAAUGAUCGGGGGUGGUAUUCUGAUCACGUGUGUGAUAUUGCGUUCCAUUGUGACGAGUGUGUGUGCGGUGCGCAGCAACCUUAAUAUGAGGGAGAAGAUAUUCGUCGGCCUCGCCUGGAUGGCCAAAGCUACGGUGCAGGCUGCUCUAGGCCCAGUGGCUUUGGAUCAAGUGCGUUACAUGCUCGUCGACGGGAAGCCAGACCCGUUGAUGAUACAAUACGCAGAGACUGUUGUCACGGUGUGCAUCCUAUCCAUAGUCAUCACAGCGCCGAUUGGAGCCAUCGUUAUAACGUUAACAGGGCCGAAGCUGCUAUCAAGAACGACUAAACCACCCGUGUUGGAAGGUUGGCGACAAACCCACCGGCCGUCUAUUCGAGACAUUUCGAUCAUCGACGAGGAGGAGGUGGCGGAGCGCGACGCGGAGGCGGAGGGCUCGCGGCCGGGCAGCCCGCGCCCGCGCACCGCCGCCUCCAGCCCGCCCGCGCCCAUCACCGUGCAGCCAACGCACAACCCUCCGCAAUAACCAGCCACCUACUGCGACUAGUGAUGCCAUUCCAUUUGCUACUUCACUCGAACCGACUUACUUUCUUGUAUGCUGUUUUUAAUGAUGGCCUUGUACAAGUCAUUUUAUACAGGGAUUUAAUAGAAAGUUUCAACCACGAAGCCUUUCUGCAAAUUAUGCGUUACUUUAACGAUCGAAAAAGCUUCGACUACCGUUAAUAUGAAACUCCGGUAGUCGGGUCUCAACACGAGAUUGGUACAGAAAACAUAUUCGAAUGCCUUGAAUCAUUACAAAUAAAUAAUAGCUUAACUUUACAGACGUCAAUUUUAAAGAUGUUGGCAUUUUUUAUAUGAUUAGCUUGCAAUCAAAUGAUCACAAAUAACUAUUUAAAAGUUAUCCCAAUUUCAUUAAUUACAUAAUGCAAAAGCCACGUCUGUGAAAUUUCGCUUUUUCAUUCCAUGUAGCAUAUAGCAUACUAGUAGAUGCUUAGCGGAUACGAAGAAGCAACGCCGUUCUGAAGGGAUUCGUUACAUUCUAAUUUAAAAAUUCCUGAGAUGUCUGUUCUAUUUAGUGAAAUCGCCCUAAAAUCUUUUUAUUUUAAGUUUCUUAAUAUUUAUUUAAAAUAAAGUUUGAACCAGUAAAAUUAUUUCUAAAAGAAAUUACAUUCGUUUCAAAAGAGAUUGUAACUAAAAUAUGAUUUAGGUACUUAGAGGGUUUAGUGUAAGAUAUUUUUAAUUAUUUUAAUUAUUGUUCAUGUGAUAAAGGUGUAUACUUAUUAAUAUUUGGUGUCUUAAAACCUCGCUAGUGAAGUUUACUUAUUUUAUUAUGAAAUAUUACCGCUGUAAGAACAUAUUUAACUUAUAAGUACCUUCGUUUGUCGACUAUAUUCCUAUAAGUUUUAUUUUGCAUAGUGGUCAUCAGUAUUGCUAUUAUUUAUGAAAACAAUUUAGUUUAGGUAACAGAGCCGUACUAUAAUAUAUGAUUGCCAUCACUGAUCCAGCGUGAGAGAGAUGAAGCUAUGUCAGACAAAUAGCACCAUGCCUUCUUCACACAAGAACUGUCUUGAUGCUGAUUGAUAUUAUAGUGAGGCCCUAGCACGAAUAUUGUUAAUAUUAUUCGGUACAAAAAAAAACUAUUUAAAAUAAGGAUCGAUGCAGCAUAUCCUUUGCUCAUUGUUGAUAAUUAUGUAUGUUAGUUAAGUAGUCUGUAUAUUAUGUGUAAAAAAGUUUCUUCAGUUUAACGUAUCGUACGUUUAUCACUACGUAUCAACGUAUUAAUUUUUGUAUAACAUAUUCCAUUUGUAAAUAACUUCCCCAAGUCACAUAGUUAAUGUAAGUACUUAUUAUGCAUCAUGGAAUUCAAAUAUUUUAGAGUGAACUGUGGGACCAAUUUAUUUUAAAAUAUUACCACGAUUUAAUAAAUUGAAUUUGUAAUUAAUAUAAUAUUUCAGCAGACAUCGCCUAUCCGAAGAGUAUUAUAAAAUAAUAUUUUAAGAUCAUCACUGUCUGUUUUCAAUAUUGUAUCAAUCUUUAUCAGUUUAAAGAACGUCGUUUUAUAUGAAAAGAUGUGUAAAAUAUCAUGAUGAAUUAUCGAAAAAAGUAUAAAAGCAAUAAAAUAUUUACCAAGAUAUUA